AUGGCUCUUCUAGUCGACAGGCACCGUCCUAGAUCUCUCGACACCCUCUCAUAUCAUCAUGACCUUUCCGCCCGAUUAAGGUCUUUGGCCCAAAGCCACGACUUCCCCCACCUUCUCAUGUACGGCCCCUCCGGUGCAGGCAAGAAAACCCGCACAAUCGCAACCCUCAAAGAACUGUACGGCCCGGGCGUCGAAAAGAUCAAGAUCGACAACCGAGUCUUCCAAACAACAAGUAACCGCAAGCUGGAAUUUAACAUCGUCUCCUCUGUCUACCACCUCGAAAUCACACCCUCCGACGUCGGCACCUAUGACCGCGUCGUCGUGCAAGAAUUGCUCAAGGAAAUCGCCCAAACACAACAGGUUGAUCUGUCCGCGAAACAGCGGUUCAAGGUCGUGGUCAUCAAUGAGGCCGAUCAUCUCACACGUGAUGCGCAAGCGGCUCUCCGACGAACGAUGGAGAAGUACAGUCCUAAUUUGCGAUUGAUACUUCUGGCAAACAGCACGUCGAACAUCAUUGCUCCCAUCCGCUCGCGAACUCUGCUGGUCAGAGUCGCGGCGCCGAGCGAGGAGGAGAUCUGUACUAUUCUGGGUGCGUCUGCGAAGAGGGAGAAUUGGAGCGUGGCGCCGGGACUCAAUAAACGGAUUGCGAAGGAGAGUGGGCGAAAUCUUCGCCGGGCGCUACUUAUGUUUGAAGCUAUUUAUGCUCAGAGCGAGAAAGUAUCGGAUAGUACACCCAUUCCACCGCCUGACUGGGAGGCUCUUAUCUCGGUGGUUGCGAAAGAGAUUCUUGAGGAGCGAUCACCGGCGAGAUUGUUACAAGUCCGUGCCAGGUUAUAUGAUCUUUUGACUCAUUGCAUACCGGCUACAACGAUCCUCAAGACCCUGACGUUCAAAUUGAUUGUCAAUGUCGACGAUACCCUGAAACCUGAAGUGAUCAAGUGGUCUGCCUUUUACGAGCACAGAAUUACACAGGGGAGUAAAGUCAUUUUCCAUCUCGAGGCCUUUGUUGCCAAGUUCAUGCGUAUCUAUGAGAGUUACCUGAUGGGUAUGGAUUUCUAA